AUGGAGUGGAAAGUGGAUUUGAUCGAAGAAAUGUUUGAUGAACGAGAUAGAUUAUGCAUUCUUGCCAUCUCUUUAACCCUCCCAGCACCUAAAGAUGAGUUAACUUGGGAUUUUGCUAAGGAUGGGCAAUACACUAUUAAAACAGCCUACAUGUUGGGUAAAGGAGGUAAUCUUGAUAAUUUUCAUAGAGCUUGGGUUGACAUUUGGAGCUUAGCUGUGAGUCCCAAGGUGCGCCAUUUUCUUUGGUGCUUAUGCACCAACACGCUCCCUGUUCGCGCUCUUCUACAACAUCGAUAUUUAGAUGAAGACGUCGGCUUCCCUUGGGACUAUGGAGAGGCCGAAACUAAUGUUCAUGCCAUCUUUGGUUGCUCGAGGUUCGAGGUGUUGUGGCAAGAAAGUGGGUGUGCGGAGCUAGGGAGGUUGGAUAGAGAUCUCUCUAUGUGCAACAACUUAGAAAGGUGGAAGCAACUUGAUAAGCAGGUGAGAGUCAAAGGAGCAUUUCUUAUGUGGUGCAUUUGGUGA